AUGGCGCCUGUUGGCGCUGCCGCUGCUGCGAGGCAGGCAGAACCGGUAUUGACACGCAUCGUUGAACAGGACCAGAUACCUUGGUACAGAAAGCGGAAUCUGAGGAGGCUGUAUGCGCUCCUAUUACCCACGUGUAUUGGGAUUGAGAUGACUUCUGGAUUCGACUCUCAAAUGAUCAACGCGGUGCAGAUUGCGCCGACCUGGCGACUCUACUUCAACCAUCCGCAAGGAGCCCUCCUCGGUAUCAUGUCUUCGGCAUACAACCUCGGUGCAAUCUGCGCUCUGCCAUUGGUGCCGUACGUGAACGAUAGAUUCGGGCGACGAUGGGCGAUCUUUCUAGGCUCUUGGAUCAUGGUCGUCGGAUCUGUCAUUCAGGCCUUCUCCAUUAGCGCUGGCAUGUAUGUCGGCGCACGCUUCAUCCUCGGUUUCGGCAUACCAUUCUGCAUCAUCGCAGGUUCUUCCCUGAUGGGCGAACUUGCAUAUCCAAAAGAACGACCCGUCAUGACAUCUCUCUUCAACGCCCUCUGGUUCGUAGGUUCGCUCAUAGCAGCAGGAGUCUCAUACGGCACCCAAAAUCUCAAAGAUGACUGGGCCUGGCGCAUACCCUCGCUCCUCCAAGCCGGCCCAUCACUCCUGCAAAUCAUCUUCAUCUUUAUGAUCCCCGAAUCCCCGCGAUUCCUCAUCUCCAAAGACCGCCGAGAAGAAGCCUACCGCACACUAAUAACCUACCACGCCGAAGGCGACAUCACGUCCCCAUUUGCCGCCGCAGAAAUGGCCCAAAUCGAACACACCAUCCGCAUCGAACUCGAGCACUCGAAACGCUCCUGGCGCGAAAUGAUCGCCGUCCCCGGGCUACGCAAGCGCGUGAUAAUCGCUUCUUUCCUCGGCCUCUUCACGCAGUGGUCCGGAAAUACGUUACUAAGCUACUACCUAAAUCAGCUACUUAACAUGAUCGGUUACGACGACCCUGGCUUCGUAGGUAAGGUGAAUGUUGGGCUCAACAGCUGGAAUCUGGUGAAUGCCGUGUGUAUCUCGCUAUUGGUGAGGCGGUUUCCACGCAGGAAGAUGUAUCUCAUCUGCGCGAGUAGUCUGUUGUGUUGCUAUAUCGCGUGGACGGUGGCGAUGCAGCGGUAUACGGCUACGAAGAGAAUUGAGCCGGCGAGGUUGACGAUUGCGAUUAUCUUUGUGUAUCAGAUGUGUUAUAAUAUUGGAUAUAAUGCGUUGACUUAUACUUUUUUGGUUGAAUUGUUUCCGUUUGCGCAACGCACGAAGGGGAUUACGAUAUUUCAGUUCUUUAGCCGAACGGCAGUUUUUACGACAACGACACUUAAUCCUAUUGGGUUGAAGCAUGCUCAAGGGCGGUGGUUGAUUGUGUAUUGCGCUUGGUUGGGGUUUGAGAUUAUCUUCAUCUACUUCAUGUUUCCCGAAACCUACGGUCGCACAUUGGAAGAACUUGCUUUUCUCUUCGAAGACCACGCGCUUGCUGAUGAAGCGACGACGCGUGUGGAGAAGCAGAUGGAGUGGGCUGAGAGGCGGUGGAGCCGCAUUGGUGAGCGUAUGAGCUGGGAGAUGGAUAUUGUGGUGCCGAGGAACGCACAUGAUAGUCAGAGGGAAGGAGAUGCUGGUGUAGGGACGCUGGAUGCAAGUGAAGUGGUUCAACGGCAUGAGUUUAGGAGACGGAAUAGUAGCUGGGAAGAUCUGAGACAGCGCGAGUAGCUAUAGUGGUACAUCUUGUUUGCACUUCAACGUUAUGCACACUUCACCUGGCGCCAUACCCCCUGACUCCCUCGCAAUGCCAUGUGGUACUUUAGCAAGUAAACCUGGAUUCAAACGACUCAAACCCAUCCCGGGUUCCCUUAACCACUUCUACACCCUGCUUGGACCAUUCGUUCGCAGCGUUAUCUGGACCUACUUGAUCGAUACCGCUGGAACGCAAGGGUUGAACCGAAAAGUCAUCGAAGGUACUGAUACCACCAUCAAAGAAUGUUAAAUCGUGAUCAGCCUAUAGAUAGUCGAAUGAUAUAAGGGCAGUGUAGGGUUAAU